CAUUCUGACUUCGCACAGAGCCCUGGGAAUGAACAUCCGGGACAUUUUCACUUCCCUCAGACGAUAAAAUGGCGAUUGAGAAGAAAAAACUCAGCGAGCUUCGAGUCGUCGAUUUGAGGGAAGAACUUGAGAAAAGAGGCCUCGAAAAGGGAGGAACAAAGCCCGUACUGAUAGAGAGAUUAAAGAAGGCUAUCCAAGAUGAGGGAGGAGAUCCUAAUGAGAUUGAGGUUGAGGCUGGGGAGAAGCCUGCGUCAGCUAAGAAGGCAGCAGGAGCCAGAAGAACACCUGUCCGCCGCAUUAAGAAAGAAGAACAAGAAGCGAGCACAGAGCCGGCUGAAGAUGGAAUGGAGACGGAGGCGGCUGACGUUCCCGACAGCCUGUCACUGAAGGAUGAACCUAUGGAUGAUCUGGAUGUCCUUGACGAGGAAGACUCCAUAGAUCAGCAGGAGAUGGAUACGAUCGACGACCUUGGAGAGGACGACCUUGAGCCAGAGGAAACCUCCACUGUGAACGGGGAGGAUGAGGUCCCUCCAGAGGAGGUUCCUGCAGAUGCGGUUUCUAUGGAAACUGGCGACGCCCCGGAGACUGUUACCACGCCGACAGAUGGAGAGGAAGGGAAGGGGGAAGUUUCUGAAGAGAGUGCAGAGGUUCCGAGUUCUGAAACCGCUGACGUGGCGGCCGAAUCCACCGCAGCACCACCGGACACGGCAGCCGCAGGGGAAGGGCAGGUGCCAGAAGGCGCCACUGCACAGGACAGCCAGGAGGCCACAGAAACGGAGAUGGAUGCUGCGAGCCUGGUGGACAAGGUUCUAAACGAAACGGAAGAGACCGCGGACGAUGUCGCCCUGUCAGCAGAACAGGAAGAAGAACUUCUUACUGAGGAUGAGGUUGGAGAGGGCGAGGCAGAACCCCCCGCAGAGGAGAAAGACAAAGAAGGUAGCAACAACAAGAAAGCACCCAAGGAGGAGCCAGCCAAGCCUGCCGGGGCAAAGGUCAUCGCCCCGGGAGAUGCCCCCGUUCCGUUCCCCUUGACGACCAAGGACCUGCUUGAGAUGCACGCGCCGACGGCCUCCAAGGACGAAGAAGAGAACAUCUCGCUGGUGGUUCACGCCGACGACCAGAUGAUCGCUGACCUUGACGCCGACCUCCUGGACACGCCCAAGGACGCGGAGUCUUCUGUGGAAGGUGCUCCCGCUGCCGAGGAGUCAGGCAAGGAGCAGGAAAAGGUUGAAGAGACGACUAAGGAGGCUGCCGACCUCCCGGAAGGAGAGGGCGCCAAGAAGGAGGCUGAGGAGGGGAAAGGGAGCGAGGAAGGGAAGAAAGCUGCGGAGGCAGGUGGAGAGAAGAGCAAAGAAAACUCGGCCAAGAAAAGCCCGAGUGUUAGCGCGAGGACUCGGAGGUUGGUCUGCUUGUGCGCCAGUGGUAAAGAUGCAAAGGACACGAAAGCACCGCAGAACAAGGAUGAGAAGGCGCGCCACAGCAGCUCCAGCUCCAGCAGUAAGAACCUCUGGGUAAGCGGCCUCUCCUCAACAACUCGCGCCACCGACCUGAAGGCUGCCUUCAGCAAGUAUGGCAAGGUGGUGGGGGCAAAGGUGGUGACCAACGCACGCAGCCCAGGUGCCCGUUGUUACGGCUUUGUGACCAUGUCGUCCAGUGAAGAAGCUGCGCGAUGCAUCACCCACCUCCACCGUACUGAGCUGCACGGGCGAAUGAUCUCAGUGGAGAGGGCUAAGAACGACCCCUCCAGCUCCUCCAAGAAGCCUCCUGAGAAGAAGGAGCCAGAGAAAAGAGACCUCCGCUCCAGCUCCACCCGGAAACCAUCUGCCGACACCCGGAAACCAGCACCCAAGAAGGAGGACAAGGACAAGAAGGAGGCAGAGAAGAAGCCUGAAGACAAGAAAGAUGAGAAGGAGGAGAAGAAGGAUGAGGAGAAGCGCUCAUCGUCUCAGACCCGCCGCAGUACCGGGGACAAAGCUGCUCCAGCAGCAAAGGACAAAGAGGCUGGUGAGAAGGAAGGAACAGACAAGGACGGGAAGGAAGGAACUCGCACUGUUGUCAUGGACAAGAAGAAGGGGGAGCCUGUGGUAACAGUGAAAGACGGUAAACGGGACUCUAAGUCGAAGGAAAAGGAUGGCCAGCAGCCUCGCAAAGGCAGCAAGGAGAAGCAGGGGGAGAUCCUGUCGUUCGAUAAGAUCAAGGAGCAGCGAGAGCGUGAACGGCAGCGUCAGCGUGAACGAGAGCUGCGAGAAAUGGAGCGCCGCCGCGCUGACAGGGAGAGACGAGAGCGUGAGCGACAGAGGGAGAUCAUCCAGCGUGAGCGGGAGGAACGGGAGCGACUCCAGCGAGAGCGGGAGCGACUUCAGAGAGAGAGGGAGCGACUGGAGCGGGAGAAGCAGGAACGAGAGCGGUUGGAGAGGGAACGGAUGCGGAUUGAGCGUGAGCGUGCCCGUGAGCAGGAGAGGAUCGCUCGUGAGCGGGAGGAGACGCGGCGGCUCCAGCUUCAGCUUGAGGAGGAGCGCAGGCAGCUGAAGCGGGCGCUCGAGGCCCCUCGUGAGAGGGACUCUUACUGGAGCGAACCAAAGAGACAAUAUGAGGGUGACUUCCACCGUAACGCACCAGAAACAAACCGCUUUAAUGACUACGAUAACCGUGACCGUGGCCCAGGCUACACACGUGAUGUUGACCACCGUUCAGCUGCCCCUCCUCCUGACCCGUACGAACGCCGAGUCGAACGGUAUGAUCGCCGUGACAACACACAACGCAGAGACGACCAGCCCCCGUCCCGCUACAAUGACAACUCGCGAGAUGUCCCUCCGAGGCGAGAUGACCUGCCUCCUCCCCGCCGUGAUGAGCCAGCCCGGCGGGAUGAGCCUCGGCGAGACAUCCGUGACCGUGACAACCGCAGAACCCCAACCGUUCCCAGCCGCCGCACGCCACCGGGACCGCGGGAUAGAGGUGCCCGUCCUGACCGGGGUCACGCCCCUGAACCAGACCGGAUGCCACGCGGCACCCGGGUCCCACCUAGAGAGCGCCCAGCAGAACGCCCUGACCGGUCCCGCAGCCCACACCGCCGUAGCAGUCCCCGGCCGACCCGGGAAGAGUGGAAGUCAGAGAGGAGCCUACCGAGCGAGAGGCGUGACGGGCGAGCCCGUGUUGCGGGCAGUGCCGCCAUGCGAGGAGGUAUGGAUCCCAUCUCUAAAGGUAUGAGUAAUCCCACUAGCAGUAUGUCGUAUGGGGGAAGGGAGCCAGCUCCAGUAGGAAUGCAAAGUCACGACUCCCGUUUUCCCCUAGAUGAUCGCCGCCCCCGAGAGCCAGGCCCACCGCGAGACGACUGGGGUCCAGUCCCGUCUGACGACAGGAGCCGGGCAGCGGCACCACGAGCAUCAGCAUCCUCCUACAAUGACCGGCAGAUCUCGAGUGUGGGUGACAACCGGCCUGGGCUGUUAGGCAGUGCCCCAUCCCGAGGGGGUGACUCCCGCGACUGGAGCAGUGGGGACCGGAUGCGGAAGGCAGAGCCUCAGCGCCAGCCGGGGACGGAUGGACACGGCUGGCCGAUGGGCGGGCUGGAGAACCCGACAGUGAACCGGCUGGGGGAGCGGUGGCCGGGGUCCAUGGGGCAGCAGCAGGUGGAGUCCCGAGGUGGUGCGCGGGGAGUCCUGGCCGUCAGCGCGGGAACGAUGUCGCAGCACCAGCGGACAGCGGGAGGUUACAUCAGUGCCGCACCUCAGCACCAUGCACAGCCGCCCCCGGCAACCCAGCUCCUCAGCAGAGCGCCAGCCGUCGGAGGCUUUGGCGGGCCUGACAGGCACAAGCCUGCACAGGACAACAGGUUUGACCCCUACAGUAGGGCGCCACCAGCCCGCAGGUACUAGUACUGCAGGGUGUAGUGUAGAGAGGGAUGUUUUCAGUAGGUUUUUUUUUCACUUGCCUUAGUUGGAGUAAUAGUUUACACUUUAAUUUGAAAUUUUGAUCCUGAUAUGUGAGUACUUAAAUGAUGACUCAAAUAAAGAUAUUUUAAACAAUGUGAAACAUGAUCACCCAGUAUUCAAAAAUAGGCUUUGUACAAUGUACCAUUGAGGUUAGGAAAAUGAGGUGCGUUUUUCUUUUCCUUCCUUGCUUCCUUAUGUGGUUGGAGUAAAAAGUAAAAACAUCAAUCAUUUGUCAGACCUUUAUGUCUAUAGCUGCGUUAUUCCCAUGUUUUUGUCUACUUAGAAGUAGUUUCUGUUGAGACGUGGACCAAAAAAGUUGUGGAAAACGCUUACUUAUAUUUCCUUUCCUAGAGUCAGAAACAUAGUGACUUCUGUAAGUGCCAGUGUGUAAAGGGUAUCAACCUGUAAGUGGUUAGUGGUAUCAACUUGUCCGACUUUAUUAUUGUUGACCUUCAGGCAAUGCUGAGUUCUU